AUGUUCAAAUAUUCUUUACCGUUGCUUGCCCAGCUUGGCUGUGCUGGUCUCACCCUGGCAGCACCCGAGUCGACGAUUACUGUUCCGUGGGUUGGAUACCAAGGAGAUUACUUCAAUGGCUACGAGGGCCGAGUCCUCACCGAGGAGGGCGAUAAAACAACAUACUUGGUCAAUUGUCCUCCGGCAGUGACUUCGUGCAUCCCAUUUGACCCGGAUAUGACAUUUAUCGCUGGGCCCAGCACAUACGACCUUAUUCUGGACAUGGGCUUCUCAUAUACCAGUUCUGGCUGCACAUUCUCCGGUGGCGCGACGCCCACAACAGCAACCUGCUCUUACACGCAGUCGUACCAUUUUGGAACUAGCACCGUCACCAGGGACCUCACCUAUCGCGUUCCUGACACGAGUGUAUACCGUAGCAUCUUUGAGGCAACAUUACCGAUUGAAACCGGCACUGUGACGACGGCGAGCACCGAUCAAGCUACUACUGCUGCUGCCACGACUGGUGCUGCUCCGACUGUUACCGGCGCUACAGCUACUGCUGCUGCUGUGACUGGAUCUACAACGGCCACUGCCGCGACUUCAACGAGCUCUGCUACCCCUACAGGCAUGGCUGUAAGCGUGGCAGCACCCAAGGUGCUGCUUGGUGCAGUGUUUGCUGGUGUCGCCCUCCAUCUUCAACUGUGA